AAUCUAAAGUUAAAGGACUUGUUUGUAAUUUUGUAUUAUUGCAAGUGUUUGUAAUAUCUUACUUCAACGCCUCUCUCUCCGCCUAACGUCGCUUACGGCCAUAAACGGAAUACAAAGACGAAAGUUUUGAACAAAGCUCUCUCUCUCUCUCUUAAUCGCUUAGGGUUUUCUUUUGUUCUGAGUCUCGGAUCUGAUUGUGUAUUUGGGGAGAAGAGUUUAAAUAUCGCAGAUCUAAGAUCGUUGCGUGUUCCAUCUGAGUUGUGGUAACAGAUCUCUCAAGUUGGCUCCUCAAAGAAGAUCGCAGCGCGGCCAGAUGCAGCACACCAACGCCGCGGCUGCGACGGCUCUGUACGAUGCGGGACCCGCUAAUGACGCUGGAGAUGCUGUCAUGGCGCGGUGGCUCCAAUCCGCUGGCUUGCAGCAUCUGGCCUCUCCAACAGGAGGCAAUGAUCAGCGUCAUCUUCCUAACCUGCUCAUGCAGGGCUAUGGAGCGCAGACUGCUGAAGAGAAUCAAAGGCUUUUCAAACUAAUGCGAAAUCUUAAUCUUAAUGGGGAGUCUUCUGAAUCAUAUACACCAACAGCAGCUAUGCCUUCUUCCGAUGGAUUUUUUUCACCCGACUUCAGAGGUGAUUUUGGAGCUGGGUUAAUGGAUCUUCAUGCUAUGGAUGACACAGAGCUGCUAUCUGAGCAUGUGAGUACCGAACCCUUUGAGCCGUCGCCUUUCAUGCCUAGUGUGGAUAAAGAAUUUGAAGAAGAUUUUAAUUUUCCAACUAAUCGUCAGCAACAAACAGAUGCUGAACCUUUGGGCUCAUUGCCUAAGAGUGAAAAAGAGAAUAACAGUGUAGCCAAGAUUAAAGUAGUGGUAAGGAAAAGACCCCUAAAUAAGAAAGAAACAGCUAGAAAGGAAGAUGAUGUCGUGACGGUAUCUGAUAAUUCUUUGACUGUCCAUGAGCCCAAGCUGAAGGUGGAUUUGACUGCUUAUGUGGAAAGGCAUGAGUUCUGCUUUGAUGCUGUUUUAGAUGAGGAUGUUUCAAAUGACGAGGUGUAUAGGGCCACAAUUGAGCCGAUAAUUCCCAUUAUUUUCCAGAGAACUAAAGCUACAUGUUUUGCAUAUGGUCAAACAGGUAGUGGUAAGACAUACACAAUGAAACCACUACCCAUACGCGCUGUUGAAGAUCUAAUGAGGGUGUUGCGUCAACCAGUAUACAGCAAUCAGAAGUUUAAAUUGUGGCUCAGUUAUUUUGAGAUAUAUGGUGGAAAGCUGUUCGAUCUUCUCAGUGAGAGAAAGAAGCUUUUAAUGCGAGAAGAUGGUAGACAACAAGUUUGCAUUGUUGGGCUGCAGGAGUACGAAGUCUCAGAUGUUCAAAUUGUAAAGGAACUUAUCGACAAAGGAAAUGCUGAAAGGAGCACAGGUUCAACUGGAGCAAAUGAGGAAUCUUCUAGAUCACAUGCUAUCUUACAGCUUGUUGUAAAGAAGCAUGUUGAGGUAAAACAAACCAGACGUAAAAAUAAUGAUGCCACUGAAUUGCCUGGGAAAGCUGUUGGGAAGAUUUCUUUCAUUGAUCUUGCUGGCAGUGAAAGAGGUGCAGACACCACAGACAAUGACCGCCAGACAAGGUUUGAAGGCGCAGAAAUCAACAAGAGUCUCUUGGCUCUUAAGGAAUGUAUACGUGCACUGGAUAAUGACCAGCUACAUAUACCAUUCCGUGGAAGCAAACUAACUGAAGUGCUCCGUGACUCCUUUGUUGGAAACUCUAGAACGGUGAUGAUCUCUUGCAUCUCUCCGAGUGUAGGAUCGUGUGAACAUACCCUCAAUACUCUAAGAUAUGCUGAUCGAGUCAAGAGUCUAUCUAAGAAUGCUUUUGGUGGUUCCAACAGUCAGAGGAACCACCUGUCUUCAUAUCCUCAAGAAACUUCAGACCGCGAAGAGAAAGCCAAGAAAGUGUCGCCACCUCGUGGGAAAGGGCUGCGGGAAGAAAAACCAGAUAGACCACCACAAAACUUGUCUUCAUAUGCCAAAGAAACUUCAGACCGUGAAGAGAAAGUGAAGAAACUGUCUCCACCUCGUGGGAAAGUGUUGCGGGAAGAGAAACCAGAUAGACCACCACAAAACUUGUCUUCAUAUCCCCAAGAAACUUCAGACCGUGAAGAGAAAGUGAAGAAAGUGUCGCCACCUCGUGGGAAAGGGCUGCGGGAAGAAAAACCAGACAGACCACAAAACUUGUCUAAAAGAGACGUCAGGUCGUCAGACAUCCCUACCUUUACAAACUUCAGGCAGAACACAAGUGAAACGGUUUCAAGACAAUAUGAAACCGACUCUUCGCUUGAUGAAAACAUUGAUGCACUGCUUGAGGAAGAGGAAGCUCUGAUUACAGCACACAGAAAAGAAAUAGAGGAUACAAUGGAGAUUGUUCGCGAGGAGAUGAAGCUCUUAGCGGAGGUGGACAAACCAGGAAGCAUGAUAGAAAACUAUGUAACGCAACUGAGCUUUGUCUUGUCGAGGAAAGCAGCGGGGCUUGUGAGUCUCCAAGCCAGGCUUGCUCGGUUCCAACACCGUCUCAAGGAACAAGAAAUACUUAGCCGUAAGAGAGUUCCUCCUCGAUAGUUGGUACAAGAAAGGAAACCCCAAAAAAAAAACGAUUGUUGUGUGUGGUUCGUCAAGUGUCCAUUGUGUUUGUGAAUUUGGGAAUAUAUAUAUUUCAUUUUAUUCUUAUCAUAAAAUUAUACAAUUUGUGUUUACUGUACAAUGAAAUGUGAAUUAAAACUCUUUUCUCAGUCAA